AUGCAGCCCAUGAAUCCCCCCAGUGCCAGCAAUAGCCUCCCUGCUGAGUUAUGGCGCGAUAUCUUUCGAAAUGCCCUCGGAGACGAGUUCUUCGACCAGGCAGAAAUGUCGUCCGACUACAGACCAUUUGAGUCGACAGGCGAAUGUCCCUCUUGGACUUCGCGUCCAAUCUCCCUCGCUAUAUCCCAAGUCUGCGUUCAGUGGAAUUUAGUCAUGCUGGAAUUCUUGUACGCGAAGAUACUUAUCCGAUACGGCACUGUUGGCCUACGUCAAGCGUUGAGCAGACGAACGGGUCAGCGGACCAGGCCCACCGUCGGUCAUUUCGUCCGAUGCAUCGAAAUCCCUCCCUUCGCCGUCUUAGACGAUCCAUGCUCGAUUUAUGAUAUCCUCACGUGUUGUCCAUCGGUGAAGCUGAUUGUCAAAGCUACGCUAGGACGGCAUGGCGACGAACCCUUCUGGACUGCUCUCGCCCGCCCUUCUCCUUCUGUCGACAAUCUAUCUCUUAGCCAUCUGGAAAGGAUCGACUGGUCCAGUAGAUUUGGCCGGCCUCGAUACGUUGAACACCUCGAAGUGGUUUACCCCAUCCUUCGAACCAUCAUCCUACAAGCGCCCAAUCUUCGAUACCUAUCCAUAAACGACUGGAAAGAACAUAUGUUCGAUGAUAUCCCUCUACCUAUCCUCUUUCCUUCCCUCGAGACACUGCGUUUACGGGGUGCGACGGGGUUUCUCUCUGCUGGUGUGAGGCCCAGCGACCUUCCCAAGUUAUCGAACUUCAUCGCUGAGCCUAUGAACAUGUCAUAUCGAUUUAAUACCGAAGAGCCAGAAAUACUGCAUGUAUUGGGAGACAAGAUACAUCGCUUGGAACUCGACGGUAGUCCAGCGGGCUCGGAGUUCACGUACAUGGGCGUUGCGGAUAUCUUGAUGAGCUGCCCCGCACUCGAAGAAUUAAACUUCCAACCUGGGGCGCCACCGCUGAUCCUUCACGAGUCAAACGUCCCUCACGAGGCGCUGAAGACCCUGCGGAUUUACGCAGACGCCGCGAGGCACCGCCGACUCGGCUAUAAUGGUAUUGAACGAUUUCAACAACUUAUGACGGCCGCUUUAGAAAUGUUUCUUGCUGAGGAACAGUUUCCGUAUCUAUCCCGUCUGGUAAUUUACGGCGACAUAGACAUUGCAUCAUCCUUUAUCUCACAAAGUCAGAUCAUCUCAGAAGCUGUGAAUACCGGGAGGAUAAGCCUCGAAUUGGUGUAG